AUGCGUGCCCUCACGUCUCUUUCAGUUGUGCUUCUUGCACUUAUUAGCACAGUCUCUGCUCAGUUCGGCUUUUUCGAGCAGAUGUUUGGUGGCCAGCAACAAGGCCAACAGCAAAGGCCACAGAACGUUCCCAGCGACUCAGCAGCAUACCGCCAGCAGUACGACCGAUCCUACUGCGAACACUAUCUGUGUCCCGAUACUCUCGCCUGCGUGCACUACCCCCACCACUGCCCGUGUCCCUGGCCGAUGAACGAGGACAAGUUCGAGCUUUCCGAAGGCCAGCGCAUUUGCGUCUCGAAGGGCGGGUUUGCGGCUAACGAGGCGGCGCGAAAGGUUGAGCUGGCAAGGAAGGGCCUCUUGUAA